UCAAACAUUAAAUUUUAAGAAGAGAACAAGGAAAGAAAAAAAAACCUCCUGGAGAACGAAAAGACUGUCUCAGGAGCAACAGAGGCGUGUUUCUUUAACCAUUUCUCUCUCAAAUCCUUUUUUGCAAAAGCUUUGCAUUAGCCUAGGGCAAAGGACUUAUUCCCUGCUCAAUCUCCAUCCCUGAAAGGUACAGUCUCUUUAACAGGUUACUCUCUGCUGAUUUUUGCUUAGCGAGGUGGAGAUGGAGAUGCUAAACCCCAUGGAGCUACUCCGAUCAAAUCUCUCUCGGGUUCGGAUUCCCGAACCUACGAAUCGCGUCUACAAGCAUGAAUGCUGUGUCUCCUUUGAUACUCCGCGAUCUGAAGGUGGGCUGUAUGUAGACAUGAGCACGUUUCUUGCUUUUGGAAAGGAUUACGUGGCUUGGAACUAUGAGAAGACUGGUAACCCAGUUUACUUGCAUAUAAAGCAAACAAGAAAGUUGAGUCCUGAAGACAGACCUUUGAAGAAACCAACUCUGUUGGCUAUAGGCAUUGAGGGUGGAUUUGACAACAGUGAAGCUGAAUAUGAAGAAACUUACAAUAUUGUCUUAUUUCCUGAUUACAUAACUCUUCCAUUUCCUUCUGUGGAGUUACCAGAGAAGGUAAGAUUGGCAGUUGAUACUAUCUUAAUGGCUGAGGGUGCUGAGAGGAAAGAGCAAGUUGCUGCCUGGACUGCUGAUAAGAAGCAAACAAGUGCAUAUGCACUGACGUUGCAACAGAUUGAUACUGGUGUUACAAUUCCUCCAACUGGUUGGAAAUGUUGCAAGUGUGACAAGAGAGAUAAUCUCUGGCUAAAUCUAACAGAUGGAAUGAUACUCUGUGGGAGGAAAAAUUGGGAUGGCAGUGGCGGUAACAACCAUGCCAUUGAACGCUACAAAGAGACUGGCUACCCUCUUGCUGUAAAGCUUGGGACAAUUACUGGUGAUUUGGAAGCAGCAGAUGUUUUUUCUUAUCCGGAGGAUGACAGUGUUUUGGACCCUCUCUUAGGGGAGCAUCUGGCAUUUUUUGGCAUUGAUUUUUCAUCUUUGCAGAAGACUGAAAUGACUACUGCUGAAAGGGAACUUGACCAGAAUACCAACUUCGAUUGGAACCGUAUUCAAGAAAGUGGACAGGAAGUGGAACCAAUUUUUGGUCCAGGUUAUACUGGACUUGUAAAUCUUGGGAACAGUUGCUACUUGGCUGCAACCAUGCAAGUUGUGUUCUCAACACAAUCUUUCUGUUCAAGGUACUACACUAGUCAAAGCUUAAAAGUGGCAUUUGAUACGGCUCCUGCUGAUCCAACUGUGGACCUUAACAUGCAAUUAACUAAGCUGGCACAUGGUCUGCUGUCCGGCAAGUACUCAGUUCCAGCACUGGAGAAACAGGAAGGUAUACCUCCUCGUAUGUUCAAGACUGUUAUAGCUGCCAGUCAUCCUGAAUUUUCUACCAUGAGACAGCAGGAUGCCUUGGAGUUCUUCCUACAUUUCGUCGACCAAGUUGAACGUAUUAAUGCUGGAAAACCUGAGUUGGAUCCCUCGAGGAGUUUCAAGUUUGGUGUGGAAGAUCGCAUUUUGUGUUCCUCUGGGAAGGUUGCUUACAAUAGAAGGCUUGAUUACAUUCUCUCCUUGAAUAUUCCACUGCAGGAAGCUACUAAUAAAGAAGAACUAGAAGCUUUUCAUAAGCUGAAAGCAGAAAAAACAUCAGAAGGGAAGGAUUUAUCCAGUGAUGAAAUUGUACGUCCAAGGGUGCCUCUGCAUGCAUGCCUGGAAAACUUCACAGCACCAGAGGAGAUACAUGAUUUUUACAGCACUGCCUUGAAGGCAAAGACGACAGCAAUCAAGACUACCGGGUUAACGUCAUUCCCUGAUUAUUUGGUGCUGCACAUGCGGAAGUUUGUUAUGGAGGAGGGCUGGGUACCAAAGAAGCUGGAUGUCUACAUAGAUGUGCCUGAUAUUAUAGAUAUUAGUCACAUGCGAAGCAAGGGCCUUCAACAUGGAGAGGAGCUGUUACCAGAGGGUGCUCCUGGAGACGAAAUGGAAUCAAAUAGGCCUGUUGCCAAUGAGGAUAUUGUUUACCAGCUUGUCUCAAUGGGAUUUAACAAUCUUCAUUGUCAGAAAGCUGCUAUAAGCACCUCAAAUGCUGGGGUUGAAGAAGCAAUGAACUGGUUACUUUCUCACAUGGAUGAUCCUGAUAUAGAUGCACCAAUUUCCCAGGAGGCCUCAACUGUUGACCAAUCAAAAGUGGAUAUUCUGAUCUCAUUUGGUUUUCAUGAAGAGGUUGCUCGAAAGGCACUGAGGGCAUCGGGGGGUGAUAUUGAGAAAGCAACAGACUGGAUAUUCAACAAUCCUGGUGCUUCUGCUUCAGCAGAUAUGGAUACUGCUACAAGCAACACGACAUCUGUCCCAGCUGAUAGUGAACUACCUGAUGGAGGAGGGAGAUACAGGCUUUUCGGCAUAGUGAGCCACAUGGGAACAUCUACUCAAUGUGGUCACUAUGUGGCUCACAUCCUUAAAGAUGGGAGAUGGGUAAUUUUCAACGACAACAAGGUUGGAGCUUCUAUCAACCCCCCCAAGGACAUGGGGUACCUUUAUUUCUUUGAGAGGCUUAAGAGCUGAGAAUUGGGAAAAGGUAGGAAAUAUUUUCAAAUUUUUGUUAGAAUCCUGGUAGUCAGCAGUAUAUUCCUGGGGCGCUUUUGUUGAGUGGCUUUGAACUGCUGACCAUGUCCAGCGGCAUGUAGAAAUUUCUCAAAAUAUUGUAAGAACUGUUGUUCUCUGGAAAGCAAGAAUUGGAGGUUCCUUCGC